AUGGGUAUGGAGAGCUAUGAUGAUUUCCGCGCACGCCUUGAUGGCGCUGCCAUCUCUACGUACAUUUUAGCCACUCUCGCCGUACCUGCGAAGCUCUGGUGUCGAACCAGAGUGGGCGGUUGGUCUAACAUUGGCAUGGAUGACUGGCUGUCGAUUGCGACUCUGUUCUGGAUGAAUGUGUUCUUCUGGAUCACCAUGAUCGGUCUACGGCCGUAUCUUGGUCGCAAUGCCGGUGAGGAUGUCCCGAUGGACGAGGUCGAAUUGUUUUCCAAAUGCCUAUUCGCCGCCGCCCUAACGUACUGCGUCGCCAUCGCAUUCAUUAAGUUCACCAUCUUGGCUUUUUACUGGAAACUAUUCUCUGUUACUGCCCGGAUACCGAUUAUGGUAAUUUUUGCGUCCGUCGCAGCCUGGCUCAUCACUUUCCUGUGUCUUGGAGCUUUUGGUUGCCAGCCCAUCAAGGCCCAAUGGGACUUCGUAGCAAUGGCAACAGCCAAGUGUCUACCGCAAAAAUCGAUCUAUCUAGGCGGCUCCCUACCGAACGUCAUCAUCGAUUUCGUCCUCGUCCUCAUGCCGAUCCCCUAUGUCUGGGGACUCAACGUCCCUCUCGGCCAGCGACUCAUCUUGGCCGGCAUGUUCCUGCUCGGUCUCUUCGUCUGCAUCGUCUCCAUCAUCCGACUUACCGAGGUCAUGUCCAUUUCGACGAGCGACACCAACAUCACCUACAAUCUGAAAAACUUCAUGCUCUGGUCCAUCGUCGAGAUCAACAUCGGCCUCGUCUGCUCCUGCCUGCCCAGCCUCCGCCGGCUCGCGAAGACUCUUGGCCUCGGCGCUCUGUUCUCCCGAGGCUCGAGCGCCAACAAGGCCUCUGGCACCCCGGGCGGCAACACCCCUGCGCCGACAACUGCGGGAGGAAAUACGGGAAACCAAAGCAACGGUGGCGGUAGCCGGUUCCACUCGAUGUUGAAAAGCAGGGGCAUCUGGUCAUCGGUGGCAGGUCUGACAAAGCUGGACAGCGACGAGGAGUACCAGAUGAUCGACCAUCAGCACAAGCACGCGGCCAAUCCGCAGGGGAAGACCACGACUGGAGUCACAGGCGAGCGGCGGAGCAGGGACACAGAAGACGACAAGGAGCACAGUGUGAGGACGAUGGACGACCAACCAGGCAUAACGGUGCAUCACGACUGGAGUGUUGUGGUCGAUAACAAGCCGAAUGCUACGAGAUGA